CACUUUCUUUCUCAGAUGCGUAUUCCACUCUUUUCCGUACUCUCCUCUCUUCUCCCUUUUCAAAAUGUCUUGAAAAACUCUCAGAAACUUAUUUUUUUACACAAUACGUAAAACUUGAACCCUUUCUAACUCUUCCUCAUUAACUUGCACACUUUCUUACUCAAGGAAAUCGAAAUCUCAAGUUUCCACGAGAAAAGAAACAAUAAUUUUUAAUUGUUUAGGAAAAAGGCAAAUAUUCUCUGUCCUCGUGUGUCGUGGGGAACUAAUAGUCAUUAAAAGACGACGUAUUAUAUAAUUUGAGGUUGUUUUGCGUAUUGAGGUGAAUCAAGAGUCAAGAGUGGCUGCUGAAUUGUUAUCGCAGCAAGUCGUGGAUCAAUUAAUGGGAUAGUAGCCAAUUUCGGGCAACGGGCAAUGGAACAUUUCCAAUUUCUUGGUUGGCCGUCGUAAUUUCAAAGAAGCAAACAAAAAAUUCCUUCGAUAUCCUCGUGUUCUUCGUUACUAGUCAUUAUCACUACUACUAUGAAAGAAUCAAGGGCCAUUAAUCAAUCUGGCCUUCUUCAACAAUAAUAAAAACAUCAAUUUGUGCCAAUCGUAAAAUCGUCGGUAUAAACCAAUCUCUCUUCACCAAUGGUACUUGAAGCUAUGGAGUUUUCUAGGAUUCAAGACGCAACAAUGUUCCUUAACGAUGGAAGAAAUCUUGUAAUGUCUGAUGGUGGUAUGGAUUACGACUUAGUUCCUUUACAAUCAUCGGAGCGACUUCUAAUCCUUGAUGACCAUGGAGUCUUACGAGAAGCUUUCACAGAUGUGUCGUAUUUGCUCUCGCAUAAUUUACCAGCAUAUGUUGACGACACAGAGAUACCGCCUCACGUGUUGGAUCAUAUGUAUGCCAAGAAGCCUAGAGAACCAGGAUCUGAGAUGGCUCCUUCCAAACCUCGUCGAAGGGCGAAGCGUAAAGAACAAAUCGUAGAACAAUUCAUUAUUCCGGACAGUCAACCUCCAGCUCCAAAAAUCAAUAUCAUUAGGCAAAGACUGCCAGCCACGACGGUAUACAAGUCCUUGUCAGCGAGACCUAAGAUACUACACGGUUCUAAGAAAAACAGUCCUGGAAUUUCAAAUCCACCUACCAUCCCUGUCAAAGGAAAAACCAGUCCUUCGAAGCAAAACACACACAUAGGCAGAGGGAAAGUAAAAGAAGACCCUUCGAAAACAAUGUACGCUUCCUUCGAUGAUGUGAACAAGCUAUUUAAUUCAAGAACUUUGCUUGGGAGUUCAAACAAAUAUGGGAAAGAUCAAGGGGGCGGUGGCAGUAAAUUAAGUAAAUCUAAUUCGUCUAAGAAUGUCCCAAAUUCAAAUACAAUCAUUAUGGAUGAUCUCCAGCGAGAUGGUGCUGCAUACGACGACGAAAUGUUGUUUGAUUUCGGAAUAGCCGAAGAUGAUGAAGCAAUUACUUGCACGUUGGGCACUGAGGGGUUUAGUGACGGAGAGUUUGAUGAAUUUAGUAUGGAUAAUGUUUACAAUAAUUCAAAUCAAAGUAGCUUAAAUCCUCCUUCUGGUCCUCCUUCUGGUCUUUCCCCAAAGUCCCCUUCGGGCAUGCUGCUUAAUCAACGUCCUCAACUGGAAACUUCACAGUUACCUCCGGAAAUUUCAGAUGAUGACGAUUCGAACCAAAUUAUGGUGUCCAUUCACAAUAGGAAACCUUCUCAAGACUGGGAUACUGUACAACUCUUUGAACAGGCCAUCAAACACGAAUCCGACAUUUCUCAGUCUUCGAGUGAUUUGUGUGUAGAACCACCGAUAACGACCAAAGUAGAAAGUGUUUCUUCUCCUUUGUGCGAAGAUCCAAAAAACGUAACUUUAAUAGAAUCUAAAAUAACUUUAGAAGAUCCGCAAGAUGAAAUCCAUACGGAGGAUGUUAAGGACUUGAAUUUUUUGUUUGAAAAUAAGCCUGCAGCUGCAGAUUUUUCAAAAGACUCGUCACCCAAUCCAAAUUCAGUUACGACUGCAAUUCAAUGUUCUCCUACUCGUCGCUCCUCUCGAGUUGUCAAAACUCCAGCGUGGUUAGUUGAUAGCGAUAAAAUUCCAUUUGCAAAGCGACAACGCAAAAAAAGUUCAACGUAAUGUCACUAUGACACAGCUAUUUACACGAAAAAUUUCGCUUCACUUGAUACGAUUUUAUAUUCAGAGGGGCAAUUAAACAUAAUUGAAGAAAAAAUGUGUGUGGUAGUUAGAAGUAGUGAGGAUAGUGCAUACAUAAGGUGCACCAAUGAAUGAAAAUGUUAUUAUUUUUGUUUAGCCAAUUUUGUCGUAGUUUGUUGGUUGUAGUUUAAAAUCCUAAAAAAGUAUAAACUUCAGGUAAAAGAGAAUCAAACUUGUUGGUCAAAGAAAUUUAUGUUAGACUGAUUUAUGGUAUCUCAACGUCUUUAAGAUGUUUGCUUUACUAUUUGAAACAUAGUUGAAAAACUUUAAAGUAAAAAUGAGGUGAGCACUUCUCAAAGUUCUUCUACAUUAUCCGUGAACACGGAUAUAUUUAACAUUAUAUAUAAUGGGCGCUCUCAAACAUCAGCACCUCUGACUUAAAACAAUUCACAAGCAUGCUUGUGAUUAGAUUGUAACACAUACAUAUGCCCAACCAAGUAAAAGAAGAAGAUCAAGAUAUUCAUCUGUAGUCGUUUUAGCCCCGUUAUUUCGUUUCUAUUGUUGCCAGCCUUAUAAUAAAAUAUUGUUAUUAUACUUACAUACAUAUUAUGUAUAUCUACUAAAUACAUACACUGAAGGAAACUAUUGAUAAUUUAUCACACGCAAUCAUGAGAAUGUUGUUGAAUUCAAGAGCUGGAAUAAAAAAAGAUGCGUAACAAUUUUUGUUACCUGACUUACUGUGUA